UUUCCUGCCGUCACAUCACGUUACGACACGAGCAGUGUUACGUUGCGGUGCACUUGUCUUACGUUGGAGAUUGACGAUUGACUGAAGAACAAAAUACAAGUGACGGACGGCGCUUAAAUAACAAGUUUUCCGCUGGUUCCCGCCACCUGUCAAAAAGGCGAUAGCCACUUAGUGUUUUGCGUCCCUAUCCUGUCGCGUCCGUCGUCAAAUUCCGGGUCAAAGUCCUGGUUUGCUGUUUGGAGGCCCGGUGUUGGUUAUAUAAUUCACGCCAAAUCUGUGGCAGCCCCCAAACAAAGUCGUGCAGCGCAGCAGCAAAAGAAGCAGAAGGAUGGCGCCUAUUCAAGCACCGUUAUCACCCGUACUUGAGCACUAACAAAAAAAGAACACUCACACAGACCCACCCUAACCCACCAAAGAAACAACAAGAACAUCACCAUCCCACAAGUGGGGGGGGGAGCAUGAGCCGUUUUUAUAUGCAACGAAAAUCACGAUGAAUGAAUAAUUAACGACGUAGUUACGUGAAAAGUCGUCCAAAAGGGGCGCGCUAGAAGCUGCAUCAGUAAAGAUCAAAGCUAAUCAAAAGGGACAGCGCACUUUUACGUAGCACCAACCAACCCACACUCUCGCACGAGCACAUAGAACGCACCCACACACACACACACACACACACGCACACCCAGCACCUAAAUUUCAAAGGAAAGACAAUACAUACAUAAUACAUACAAUAACCGUUUCAAAAUCACCGGUCAAAUCAUGGCCAACACAGCACAGUUAUUGCGCCGCCAGAGCUCCAGGGACAUUGUGCUAAAAAGUCAGAAGAGCAUCGAUCAGCUAGAGUUGCGGGAGCUCCGUGGGCGCCUGGUUUCCAAGGAGCAUGGCGUCGGCCACCACCAUCACACAUCGCUGCACCACCACCAGCCCAUGUAUGGGGCUACCAAUCAAGGCUUCAUGUCGGACGCCUUCGAUGAGUCUUCAGAGCUGGAGCAGGAGCCGACGUUCGGCUCGGAGGCCAGCACCAGCAAGGCCAAGGCUGAGCUGGUAGCCACCGCUUUGGAGCAGCAGCAGGACAUCGUUGAAGGCGAGAAGGAGGGAGAGGAGCGCGAGAGCUGGGAUAGCAAGAUCAUGUUCCUGCUGGCCACCAUCGGAUAUGCGGUGGGUCUCGGAAACGUCUGGCGCUUCCCAUACCUGGCACAGAAGAACGGAGGCGGAGCUUUCUUGGUGCCCUACUUCAUCAUGUUGUGCAUCCAGGGAAUACCGAUUUUCUACCUGGAGCUGGCCAUAGGACAGCGAUUGCGCAAGGGGGCGAUCGGCGUUUGGAGCCAGGUCUCGCCAUACCUGGGCGGAAUCGGGAUCUCCUCGGCGGUGGUCAGCUACAUAGUGGCCCUGUACUACAACACGAUAAUAGCCUGGUGCUUGAUCUAUCUACUACAUAGCUUCGAGUCACCUCUUCCGUGGGCCGACUGCCCAACCCGACUGUACUCGAACUACACGUACGACCAUGAGCCGGAGUGCGUGGCUUCCUCGCCUACGCAGUUCUACUGGUAUCGCACCACGUUGCAAUGCUCGGAGAGCGUGGACAUGCCGGAGAACUUUAACUACCACAUGGCAAUUGCGCUUAUGGUGUCUUGGUUCCUGGUCUACAUCUGCAUGGUGCAAGGGAUCACCUCCUCCGGCAAGAUCGUCUACAUGACAGCGAUCUUUCCCUACGUAGUGCUCAUCAUCUUCUUCUUUCGUGGAAUCACACUCAAAGGCGCCUCGGAUGGGGUGGCUCACCUGUUUACGCCGCGCUGGGAGACGCUGCUCGAUCCCGUCGUCUGGCUGGAGGCCGGCACCCAGAUCUUCUUCUCCCUGGGCCUGGCCUUCGGCGGCCUAAUCGCCUUCAGUUCAUAUAAUCCGGCCAACAACAACUGUUAUCGGGAUGCCCUGCUCGUCUCGCUCACCAACUGUGGCACAUCAAUGUUCGCUGGCGUGGUAGUCUUUUCGGUGAUUGGCUUUAAGGCCACUGCCACCUUUGACCGCUGCACGGAGGAAAGAAACGGCCUGUUGGCCCUGAAUCGUACCCAGAAUCUGCCAGUCUGCGAUCUGCAGCGCGAGUUGGCUAAUAGUGCCUCCGGCACUGGUCUGGCCUUCAUAAUCUUCACGGAGGCGAUCAAUCAGUUUCCAGGCGCACAACUCUGGGCCGUGCUCUUCUUCCUGAUGCUCUUCACGCUGGGCAUUGACUCGCAGUUUGGUACGCUUGAGGGUGUAGUCACCUCGCUGGUGGACAUGAAGCUGUUUCCCAACCUGCCCAAAGAGUACAUUGUUGGGGGUCUGUGCGCCACUUGCUGUCUGAUCUCUAUGUGCUUCGCCAACGGAGCUGGAAGUUACAUAUUCCAGCUGAUGGACAGUUUCGCAGGCAAUUUCCCUCUGCUGGUCAUUGCCCUAUUUGAGUGUCUGUCGAUCAGCUAUAUCUAUGGAGUGCGACGGUUUUCGGAUGACAUCGAGAUGAUGACCGGCUCGAGGCCGAGCUUCUAUUGGAUGUUCUGCUGGAAGUAUUUGUCACCCUGCGCCAUGGUCACUAUUUUGCUGGCAUCUUUUUAUCAACUCCUUACCGAGGGAAGCAGCUACCCGGCCUGGAUUGCGGCCAAGGGCUCCACGGAUUCCAUGGAGUGGCCGCAUUGGUGCAUAGUUGUAGCAUUCUUCCUCAUACUCUCGUCGAUCUUAUGGAUACCCAUUGUGGCGCUGCUGCGACUGUGUGGCAUUAAGGUAGUGGAGGACUCCGAUCCGGCCUGGUUCCCCGAAGCCGAGCUCAGGGAAGUCCACGGCAUCGUACCUCACGAACCGACAGAACUGGAGCGCAGCAUAUUCUGCUUCAAUAUGGACGGCACGGAGGGUAUGUGCUGCCCCAAAUACGGACUGCCCGAGAAGUCCCUCGAGGAGGAGGAGUAAGCAAGGAAAGCGAGAAAUGUAGACAACAAAUGCCGGGGUCAUCAGCUAGGGGGCAUAAACAAAGAGGACAAUAAGGACAAAGAAAAUGAGGGCGAAAUUGGAAAAUUAACCAUGAAUUUUAAUGUAAAUAUGGACAAUAACUAAGCCACUAACUGAUGUUAAAAUGCGUCGAUAUCUACACUCCUAAUUGGUCGCAAAGACUGUUCAACCGUUCAGAAAACCACAGCAGCAAUUCAGAAAACAUGUAUGUAUGUAUUUAUAAAUACUCGUAACAACCAAACGGCGAGACGGAGAAAACUCGGCGCAGAUGCGCGGUUUCAUUAAAGUAGAAAAACGAAACCUAUAGAAGUAUUUCCGCAUAACUUCAUUAGCAUGAAAAUGUGUAGAAGUCGAUGCGGCAUAGGCAUAAUCAUAAUUAUAUGAUUAUUUUUUUUUAAUUUCUUUUCUUUCGAUUGGUUUCUGCUUUAACUUUAACUGAAAAAAAAGGGCAGAGAUGUUUAUGUAUUCCGCUUUUUAGUACGAGUAUGGUUAUGAUAACCUUUAUGGGAGUUUAUGUACAUAUCCGAUUCGGUACAUUCCAUAUUUGAUUGCAAAAAAGAAAGAAAAGAAACUGAAUGCAAAGUGAAAUUGAUUGUUUGCUGAUAUCAAACAUCCAAAAUGCAACAUGUGACCCGUACUACAAUAACUUGCUGACUAUAUCAGAUAUUUAUAUACAUGAAUAUAUGUAAUAUGAUAUGACUAUAAAUAUAUGUUUGUAACAUGCUAUAGUAUAGGUUUUUUUUGUGUGGACAAUACUUGAUUUGACUCGAUUAAUGUUAAGCCAGACAGACUAUGAGUUAACCAUAUCAUGCGAGCAUAGAGCACCACCUAUAAGAGAUACCUAUGUAUAUGUAUACACACUAUAUACACACUAUACUCGUAUAUACAUAUGUAACUACCUACCAUAUUUCAUUCUCUGUUGUGAUCGGCUCUGCUUUCUGCGUUUGUUGUUAUUGAUGUUAAUGUAAUAAUGUUGAUGUUAUGAGGCAAAAUCAUAUCAGAUCCAAAACUAUGAUUAAACUACACUUUAAAGUCUCAAUGUUAUAAAAAAAAGGGAUGAACGGGAAGCUAUCAGACAUAUUUGUUCUGUUUGGCUAGAACCGAAUCUUAUAGCAGAAUAAUUAAUUAUUUGUUGAUAACCUAUCAUCGGCAUCAUGAUACUCAUUAUGUCACUCCGCACCAUUGCACUUAUGAUACACUCGCGAAUUACAUAGUUAAAGCCAACAGGAGAGAUAGAGACACUACUAUCUACAUACAUACAUAUAUACAUACAUGCAUAUGGAUAUACAUAAAUACAUAUGCAUACGCAUAUAACAAAUCGAAAUCGCAACCGUUCAACUAGCCCAGAAACGUAGGUGGAAAGGAAAGUUUAUAUAUGUACAUGUACAUGCCAUAUAUAAAUAUGUAUGUGUAAGCACAUCCAUACAUAACUGAAGAGGGUCUAUGCAUGGCAUUAGGAAGCAUUCGUAUACCUACAUACAUCUAUAGAAAUCCAUAGAAUUAAUGUGAGUUGAAAUACAGUUAGCUAUUGAUUCCACUGUAUUAUAAAUUGUACACUAAUUUAUGGUAUAUUUAUAAAUAUAAAUAAAUUGGUAUAUACACAUCUGCAUAGAUACAUACAGAUAUAUAAAAGAAAUAUAUAUAUAUAUAUAUGUACAUACGUACAUCUACAAAGUUUUAUUGAUGUUGACAAUAAUGAAUACGAAACAAUACGAAACGCGUUUUAAACACAACCAAUAUACAUAUGUACAACUAACACGAACAAAAUUAGACACACGCACGUUCUAAUUCUCCGAAAGAAUACAGCAACCCAAAGAAAUACGAGUACAGAAUAAUUCAGCCCACAGCUCACGAUAUUGCCAAAAUCUGAAAAAAAUAUUUACUUACUAAUAAAAAAUAUAUAAAAAUAUUAAAUAUUGUGAAGCAAUAAUGAUUUUUCGAUUCGUUUAUUAUUAAUUUACUCGUCUAAAAUACAAAUUUAAUAUCUCAUAUGAUCUCACUCCAAUGUCCUGUGUGUUUGAUAUCAAAGCGUUAAUUUGUACUGAUAAGCGCUAAUAAUAAUGGCACUUUAAAUAGUUUAUUUUUGUUUAUUUCGCAUCUCAUCUUCAAAGCCAUUAAUAUCAUAUAAAGGACAAUAAAUAUUAUAAAAGCGAAUCCAAACAAAAAGCCUAAUAAAUGUACAAUU